AUGUGCUUGUCCAUGGGAAGCAUUGAUAAUCCACUUUCUACAUGUCUAGUAGGAAUUCCCUUUGUAGCAGACGACUGGCCUGUCUAUAACUCCGAGGUUCUCCGCACCACAGCUUUAUAUGCUGAUUAUGAUGUCCUAUGGAAAAAACCCAUCUUCAGCACCCAAGCUCAUGUCUUCCAGAUUGACCCAAACACUAAGAAGAACUGGGUUCCCACCAGCAAGCAUGCUGUUACUGUAUCCUACUUCUAUGACAGCACAAGAAAUGUCUACAGGAUAAUCAGUUUAGACAGCUCAAAGGCAAUAAUAAAUAGCACUAUCACCCCCAACAUGACAUUUGCAAAAACAUCCCAGAAGUUUGGCCAAUGGGCAGACAGCAGAGCAAAUACAGUCUACGGUUUGGGAUUUUCAUCUGAACAUCACCUUUCAAAAUUUGCAGAAAAAUUUCAGGAAUUCAAAGGCGCUGCAGGACUAGCAAAGGAAAAAUCCCAGGAAAAGAUGGACCUAACAAGUACACCCUCUCAAGAAUCAGCUGGAGGGGAUAUUCAGUUUCCUUUAACGCCAGAAAGUAUUAAUGGGACAGAUGACGAGAGAGUGAUGGCAGAAGUGAGGCAGAACUCAGAAUCAAGGGCUGAGCCAAUCCAGAGCGCAUUGCCAUUUACUCAUAGUGGAGAACGGAGACUGAUGGUAGAUUACUGUGAUCUGAAUGAAGUCACGCCACCACUGAGUGAUGCCGUACCUGACAUGCUGGAGCUUCAGUAUGAGUUGGAGUCCAAGGCAGACAAGUGGUAUGCAACCAUUGACAUUGCCAAUGUAACUCAUGUCCAGUUUUUCAUCUACCAGUAUUCCCAAGUCCUCUACAGGGCUGCUGUCAAUACGUUCAUCCUCAAGAAGUCCAGGAAGAUUCUGGCUAUGCACUGUGUGAAGUACAGGAAGAGAAGUCUGGCCUGGGGAGCCUGGUAG